UAAGGUAGCAUUUCAGGAAAUCUCUGGAUGACCGCGCUUCCUUGAAGUUGAUGUGGGUCCUUUCUCUGCCCCCUUCUGUGCUAUUUUUACAUAGUUAUGAGUGGGUGGGUUCAUAGGAAACUUAGUAAAGCCCUCCUCUGUGCUGUGACUGCAGUGUGAGAAAAGGGGCUGGCUCACUCUGUAGCCCUGUGGAGAUCUUUUCUGUAACUUUUUGUUUACUAAGGAGACGUAAAGGAAAUAAAUGCUUUGGAAAAUGUGGGUCCUUGAACUGAAGAGGAUUUACUCUGUUUACUCUUAACUCACUGGAUUACGGAAACUCGAGAGAUUGUUCCAUUGCAAACUUCAUGCUGUUUUGCUGCUUUGGCGUCCUGACUGGGACUUGUUGAGGAGGGAGGUAACAAACUAUGGCCGACAUCACCUGUGUCACUGCCUAGCAACGGGAGCCCUGCUUUAAGGGUCUAACUACGCCAUGUCUAACGGGGGCGGGGCACCCAGCAGCACCACCCACCUGUUGGACUUCCUAGAGGAGCCCAUCCCUGGUGUGGGGACCUACGACGACUUCCACACCAUCGACUGGGUCCGCGAGAAGUGCAAGGAUCGCGAGAGGCACCGGAAGAUCAACAGCAAGAAAAAAGAGUCAGCAUGGGAGUUCACAAAGAGCCUGUACGACGCCUGGUCUGGGUGGCUGGUGGUGACGCUCACUGGCCUGGCCUCAGGUGCUUUGGCUGGCCUGAUUGACAUUGCUGCUGACUGGAUGAACGACCUGAAGGAGGGCGUGUGUCUGAGCGCCAUGUGGUUCAACCACGAGCAGUGCUGCUGGACGUCCAAUGAGACCACCUUCGCUGAGCGGGACAAGUGUCCUCAGUGGAAGAGCUGGGCUGAGCUAAUACUGGGGCAGGCUGAGGGCCCCGGCUCGUACAUCAUGAACUACUUCAUGUACAUCUACUGGGCUCUGUCCUUCGCCUUCCUGGCCGUCUGUCUGGUCAAGGUGUUUGCUCCGUACGCCUGCGGCUCGGGGAUCCCUGAGAUCAAGACUAUCCUGAGUGGGUUCAUCAUCCGGGGCUACUUGGGCAAGUGGACCCUGAUGAUUAAGACCAUCACUCUGGUGCUGGCUGUGGCGUCUGGCCUCAGUCUGGGGAAGGAGGGCCCCCUGGUCCACGUGGCCUGCUGCUGUGGGAACAUCUUCUCCUACCUCUUCCCCAAGUACAGCAAGAACGAGGCCAAGAAACGAGAGGUUCUCUCUGCGGCGUCGGCAGCCGGAGUGUCUGUUGCUUUUGGAGCCCCGAUUGGAGGAGUGCUCUUCAGCUUGGAGGAGGUGAGCUACUACUUCCCUCUCAAGACGCUGUGGCGCUCCUUCUUUGCUGCCCUGGUGGCGGCCUUCGUCUUGCGCUCCAUCAACCCGUUUGGUAACAGCCGCCUGGUGCUGUUCUACGUGGAGUACCACACACCGUGGUACCUGUUUGAGCUCAUCCCUUUCAUCCUUCUGGGAGUUUUCGGAGGCCUCUGGGGAGCCUUCUUCAUCCGAGCCAACAUCGCUUGGUGCCGGCGGCGCAAAUCAACACGCUUCGGCAAGUACCCGGUGUUGGAGGUGAUCUUGGUGGCGGCCAUCACAGCUGUGGUUGCUUUCCCGAACCCGUACACGCGUCAGAACACCAGCGAGCUGAUAAAGGAGCUGUUCACCGACUGCGGCCCGCUGGAGUCCUCGCAGCUCUGCCAGUACCGCAGCCAGAUGAACGGCAGCAAGGCCUUCAGUGACAACCCCAACCGGCCGGCAGGGCCAGGCGUCUACGCCGCCAUGUGGCAACUUUGCCUGGCGCUCAUCUUUAAAAUCAUCAUGACCAUAUUUACCUUCGGACUCAAGGUACCGUCUGGUUUGUUCAUCCCCAGCAUGGCCAUCGGAGCGAUCGCAGGGCGAAUCGUCGGCAUCGCCAUGGAGCAGCUCGCCUAUUAUCACCACGACUGGUUCUUGUUCAAAGAGUGGUGCGAGGUGGGAGCCGAUUGCAUCACGCCAGGGCUCUACGCUAUGGUGGGGGCCGCAGCGUGUCUGGGUGGCGUGACUCGUAUGACCGUCUCCCUGGUCGUCAUCGUUUUCGAGCUGACCGGUGGGUUGGAGUACAUCGUCCCCCUCAUGGCUGCUGUCAUGACCAGCAAAUGGGUGGGUGAUGCUUUUGGACGCGAGGGAAUCUAUGAGGCCCACAUCCGCCUGAACGGAUACCCCUUCCUGGACGCCAAGGAGGAAUUCACACACACCACGUUGGCCAGGGAUGUGAUGAGGCCGCGGCACAGCGACCCGCCGUUAGCGGUGCUGACGCAGGACGACCUGACGGUGGAGGAGCUGCAGGCCACCAUCAAUGAAACCAGUUAUAAUGGUUUCCCUGUGAUAGUGUCCAAGGAGUCCCAGAGGCUGGUGGGAUUCGCUCUGCGCAGGGACAUCACUAUCGCUAUAGAAAAUGCUCGCCGAAAGCAGGAGGGCAUCAUGCUGAACUCCAGGGUGUACUUCACCCAGCACGCACCCACCCUGCCUGCCGACAGCCCCCGGCCCCUCAAACUGCGCUCCAUCCUGGACAUGAGCCCCUUCACCGUCACCGACCACACCCCCAUGGAGAUCGUGGUGGACAUCUUCAGAAAGCUGGGGCUGCGCCAGUGCCUGGUCACUCACAACGGGAUUGUGUUGGGCAUCAUCACAAAGAAGAAUAUAUUAGAGCAUCUGGAGGAGCUCAAGCAGCACACGGAGCCCCUGGCGGCUUCUUGGUAUUAUCACAAAAAAAGAUAUCCUUCGUCACAUGGCUCAAAUGGCAGACCAAGAUCCCGAGUCCAUCAUGUUCAACUGAUCCGGUCCUUCCAGGACGGCCGGGGGGGAGGGGGAGACGACAGCGAGGAGGAGGAGGAGGUGCACCUCUUGGACGGCUCCAAUCUCUGACAUUUGGACCCUGCUUUUGUUUCUGUUUUUUAGUUUUCAGCUUUGUAGACCUCACCGACUGACUGUGGCCCCCAGAGACUUUUACCGGCCACGAGAGGGAAAAAGACUUGAUAAAGGACUUGUUAUUAUCAUUCUGGCUGCUGAGGACACGAGGAGGUCACGGGGGUUGAAGGCACACACAUGAGGAAUGCACUUUUUACACACACACACACACACACACACACACACACACACACACACACACACACACACACACACACAAUGUCACUAAAACACACUUUUGCACUCGCAGACACUUCAAACAUGCAUGCUCUCGCUCUCUCUCUCUCUCUCACACACACACACAUACAUAAGACUCCCUAUCCUAAACCCCUGUUUGCACUCGUCACGUGCCUCACCUUUUGUCCUGUCUCUGCUGAGGUCGCCUGGCAGGUGGGGGGGGGGUUCAAAGGUCAGAAUGAACCGCUGAUGAUGGACGCGAUGAGGGACCUUUAAAUCUCCGGGCUUCUGCUGAAAUAAACUCACUUUCCUCUCUACCACACACACACACACACACACACACACACACACACACACACACACCAGACCUGUCCGUCCUCCUGAGAUAUGCAUUGUUUACCUGUGAAUUAAGUGUGUGUGAGUGUGUGUGUGUGUGUGUGUGUGUGUGUGUGUCUCCCUAGCGUCACUACAUUCCAGCCAGGUUACCAUGGGAACUAAGAGGACGUGCAUCUGCUCCUCACCAUGAAAACGUGGCGGUGGCGGCAAUCAGCAGCUCAUGACCGCAUGGCACACGGCUACACACCUGGGUUCACGUUGGUCUGAAUGAGAUGUGUGUGUGUGUGUGUGUGUGUGUGUGUGUGUGUGUGUGUGUGUGUGUGUGUGUGUGUGUGUGGAAGAGAGAGAUGGAGGUAGAGAGACACAGAUGGGUACUGUAUUUCAAGAGCAAAAAUUGUUCCCGUUCAGAAGGAAAAAAAAGUAAGACCUUUCGUGAGUGUGUUUUCAUUUCUGAGCCAGCUUGAGCUUUGGUGUGUGUGUGUGUGUGUGUGUGUGUGUGUGUGUGUGGGUGUGUGUGUGUGGGUGUGUGUGUGGGUGCGUGUGUGUCCCGUCAUUCAGUGUGAAGGCAGGUCGAGUGUGUACGUAAAAGAAAAAAGCAUCCAGGUUGAGUUCUGCGUUCUCUAUUACAGGAUAAAUGAGUCUUGCUUCUACUUUUAGACUAUUGAUCUCGGCUGUAAUCAAUUAAUUUUAUUUUUACGGCUUGAAAAACAAAACUGUGAGCCUGCCCUGUUUUAAGUGAUCGGUUAAAGUUAGAGAAGGAUGGCGCUGAUGUAACAAUGACGUGAAAUCUGUCCACGUCUUUGGGAAAUAACUUCUUGUAUUUUCAAACAGGAAGUUCUGUUUUGUUUUUUUUCUCAUAUAACUUUUCAGAAUAAAGGUUGGCCCCAAUUGAUACUACUAACUAACUAAUACUAGAACUCCAUCCAUCUAAUUUACACAACAAAAGCCUCAUUUUCCACUCUAUCUAUCUGGUACUUUAAUUAAAGUGUUUGCCGACAGUUGAUAGUGUUUGAUUUAUUAUUUAAUAUAUAUAUUUAAACACUUUAACAUAAACAUUGUCGACCAAUUCUAGAAAUGAACACUGAGUAAAUAAAAAUAAAAUAAACAGCUAAACUGUACUGAGCCUUUUGCGUUUUAUACAGGAAAAAAUCAGUUUUAAUAUCGACACAUUUGGGAUAUAUCGAUACAAUAUUGGUUUAUGGUAUCAGCUCGGGCUCUAUUUUAACUCAUAACACUAUAGACCAGAAUAAAGUUAUAAAUCUUCACAUUUUACAAGCUGGAACCAGCCAAUGUCUUUUUAGUAAUAAAUUAUUAAUCAUUUUAGCUCUAAAAGCUUAAAUACUGGAUAGACUAAAGAUCCAUCAUAAUAUUAGCUCGUGACCCCUACAACGGCUACUUUGGACCCCUCAUCAGGGGUCACAGAUGAGUUGAGAAUGGUUAAAAUUUCAUAUUUGUUCCUAAUAAAACUAUUUAGUACUUAAAAAAUAACUGCAAACAAAGAAUAUAGUUGAUAAAAUAAUCUCUUUCACUGUUACAUCGACUUUUAAACCGUAGUAAAUGGACCUUAAUUUACUGUUUCUGAGGUCAAGAAGGAACUCUAAAGCUCCAAAUUUGUUAAUUAUAUUGUUUAUUUCCAGUUAUUCUUCUGUCACAUCAGUCAGUCAUCUCAUGACCCCUCGUAAGAAUAACACGAGAUCGAGUCUCGCUACAUCUGCCAAGUGCCUGGCAAAGGUUUUUUAGGCUUUUCACGCCUGUAUUUUAUUCCAAAUCCACAAAAAAAAAUAGAAACACCUGCUACUCCCACUAACCUUUCCCCUCGUUGUCCUCAGAACAAAAAACGUGUUGAGAUCUUUUUAAGUGCACACGAUGAAGGGAAAUGAAGUGAUGGUGAAGUGGGGACAAACAGUAGCACCUUUACCUGUUGAGUGUGUGUGUGUGUGUGUGUGUGUGUGUGUGUGUGUGUGUGUGUGUGUGUGUGUGUGUGUGUGUGUGUGUGUGUGUGUGAGUGAGAGAGAGAGAAAGGUCGGGUUCAUCCUGUGUACUUGUUUCUGUUGCAGUGACUGUUCCUGCUGCAGGCCGACGGGCAGCAGGGCAUCGUCUUUGUUAACCAGUGGUGUUGCCUAACAUUGUAUUUCAUACUGAUCUCGAUGUUUUUUUCCCCUAUUUUUUGUUUUGUUUUUUGUUUUUUUUUAAUUUAUGGGUAGUGUCGAUAGAGUUGUGCAUUAUUAUGAAGAAUUUUACGUAUGAUUACAUUGAUUGUUUGAUUGUACAUUUAAAACAAAAAUAUGUAAAAGAUUAAAUUUUGUUUUAAAUUAAAAAGGACAAAAAUAUUCAAGUUGCACAGGGA